AUGUAUCGCCAAGUUUUGAUAGAUCCUGAGCAAAGAUGUUUUCAGAGAAUUUUAUGGAAAGAUUUAGAUGAUCCCAAAGCAAUGGUUGAAUGCUUUGAAUUAAAUACUGUUACUUAUGGCUGUGCUUCAUCGCCUUUUCUGGCAGUCAGAUGCUUAAAACAAUUAGCUUUAGAAUUUCAACCUAUUUAUCCAGAAGCAUGUCAUGUUAUUUUAAAUUGCUUUUAUUUAGACGAUUUAUUAGCUGGUGCUUUUUCCAUUUCUGAAUUGCUGAAACUCCAGAAGGAAGUAUCAUUUAUUUUAUCUUCCGGUGGAUUUCAGUUGAGAAAAUGGCUAUGUAAUAAAUCAGAAUUGUUGAAAAGUUUUCAAGUUGAUAGUACAUUAUCAUCAAAUAUAUUGCAGUUAGGUAAAGAUGAGCAGAAUAAGACCUUAGGAAUAUUUUGGAAUUCAUCUAGCGAUACAAUCCAUUAUUCAAUUAAGAAAUUUAAAUAUGAAGGUUCUGUUACUAAAAGAAUGAUUUUAUCUACUAUCAGCCAAAUAUUUGAUCCAUUAGGACUUUUAGGUCCAGUCGUUGUCAAUGGUAAAAUUAUUUUACAACAACUUUGGCAAGAACAAUUAGAUUGGGAUGAAUCUAUUCCUUCAUAUUUAUUAGAAUAUUGGAUGGAAUUUUGUAAUAAUAUUCAAGUUCUAAAUGAAUUCUCCAUUUUUAGAUUUGUGUUAUCGGAUAAUUUCCAAGUAACACAUCUUCAUGCGUUUGCUGAUGCAUCAGAGAAAGCUUAUGGCGGAUGUGUGUAUCUUGUUUGUUUCGCCAACGGCGAAUAUGUUUCUUCUACUUUGCUUGUUUCCAAAUCGCGAAUUGCCCCUAUUAAAAAAAUUAGUUUGCCUCGUUUAGAACUUUGUGCUGCAGAACUCGUAACAAAAUUAGUUAGAAAAGCCAAAGAGCCUCUAAGCAGAUUUAAAAUUGAAAAAACUUUUUAUUGGACUGAUUCUUUAAUUACCCUAAGUUGGAUCAAAGGAUGUCCCAGUAGAUGGAAAACUCUUGAAUUAUUCAUUAAGGUGGAAUGGUCCUAUUAA